AUGUCAGACAUACAGCCGAGCAGCGGCAAACGUGCGCCAGGCACUCGGAUCCUCAAGAUCGCCAGCCUUGAGGCUGAGUUAGCUCAAAAGACCGCGGAGCUGGAAAGACUGAAGCAACUGCGAGCGGAGAACACUGAACUCCGUCGACUCCUAGACCAAGCUCCGCCAUUCACCGUCCAUCUUGGCUCGACUACUCCGAGUGAGCAUCUCCCCCUACAGCAUCCGUCGCCGCUCCAACAUCUCGAAACACUGGCGCCCGGCCAGAAGCUAAGUCCCAAGGAUGUGGCUGUACAAACCUCUGAUCCAGCAGAACUCGCUGCGCAAGACCGAGUGGUCCUAAUUACUGGCGACCUACGCGACGCGAUCUACUUGGAUAUUGAGCGGCAAGUCGGUUGCUGUACGACGGGCAAGGCAGCAGCUCAGGGCGUCCCUAAAUGCAUGACGUGCGCAAGGCGCUUGGAAGGGGAUACGUGCCGCUUUCAGGGUAUACGCUGCUUUGGCAUCGACCGGGACGGGAAGAUUGUCACUGUCGCCUUUAAGGAUGACGGUACGGUCUCAGAUCUCCUCUACCCUGAUAGGUGGCAAGUGGAACCCACACAAGAAGACCUCAUGCAUGUAAAGAUGGCCAUUGCAAAAGCUCUUCUGCCUAUUCUUCGUGAGGAGAUGAACCACAUCCAAAGCCUGACCAUAAUCAAGCGUCAGCGGGAGAGUGAUGUUCGUGUCACCUGCGAUAUCUGCAACACCUCGAUCUUCUCUGCCAGCUGGAUGUGUCGUACCUGCGGCAGCGAGAGCUGCCCUCCCUGCUUCAAGCUUGUCACUCAGUAUACAUCAGCCUCCGUCGAGCAAAGGGGCGGUCGUCCUCCCUCAUUCCUCGCCUGCUCGACGUCCGCACAGCAUCAGGCCGUAAAAUUCUCGCCCGUAACAAGAUUUGAGGAGCAGGAUCUGCAGCAAUCUAUUCGGGAACUCGAGGAGGUACUGAGGCUCGGGAAGGCCCCGUCUAUCCCAGAAGUGGCCUUGAAUCUCGAGAGCCAACUCGCACGAUCGACGCCUCAGGACUCGCAGUAUGAGCAGGUGACACGACUAGCGUGUGAGAUGGUGACAGAGGAAAUCCUGAGCUUCUUCUUGAAACGGGGGGAGCCGCUUAUCAUCACGGGGCUGCUGCAGCGCAUGCAGAUAUCCUGGACGCCGGAGUACUUCAUCCAACACUACGGCGACCGCGAAUGUCUCAUCACAAACUGUGCGAACGAGCGCACCAAGGCAACGACUGUCGCAGAUUUCUUCCAGACUUUCGGCAACUAUUCCAGUAGGGGCAGGAAGGUUUGGAAGUUGAAGGACUGGCCACCCACGGCAGAUUUCAAAACAUCGUUUCCGGACCUCUAUCACGACUUCAUGAAUGCAGUCCCUGUACCCGCGUACACGCGACGAGAUGGCUUUAUGAAUAUCGCCUCCCAUUUUCCGACGAAUGCUAUUGCUCCCGACCUUGGCCCCAAAAUGUACAAUGCACAGGCCUCGACAACAGGCGAAGGGAGCAAGGGAUCGACUCGUUUGCACAUGGACAUGGCAGACGCGCUGAAUGUCAUGACCUACGCUGCUCCUGAGACGCGCGACUCCCCUCCCGCCGGUGCGGCCUGGGAUAUAUUUCGACCAGAGGACUCGGCGACAAUCCGUCAGUACAUGCGCCAGUCGCUUCAUCCUACUUCUUCGGAUCCUAUCCAUAGCCAGCACUACUACCUCGACGACAAGCUACGUUCAGAGCUCUUCGCAGAAACUGGUGUGCGCUCUUUCCACUUCCGGCAGCUACCCGGUGAAGCGGUGAUCAUCCCAGCGGGAUGCGCACAUCAGGUAUCAAAUUUGAGCGACUGCAUAAAGGUCGCGGUAGACUUUGUGUCACCGGAGAAUGUGGUGCGGUGCGAAAGGCUGACGGAAGAGUUUCGCCAGGAGAAUCUCGCGGCGCAGGACCAAUGGAAGGAGGACGUGCUCCAGCUCAAAACGAUGAUGUGGUAUGCUUGGGUGAGCUGUCAGCAGCAGCAGGGAAAAAUGGACAAGGGUUUAUUCGCUGUUUAA